CAUUUAAACGGGCUCGCCCUAUGCACCUAUAUAUACGGGCGACAGGUCGCAAUCACCACAAAGUCUUUUGUGGGUUCAGCAAAUUUUAUCGAGCAGCCAAGUAAUUACGCCGGAUCCCGCGAUGUUCUCCUCUCUAUCAGUGUUCUCCAUGGUGCUGGCCGCCGCCACCGCCGUCUACGCCCCGGUCAAGCCUGUCGCCUACCACGCUCCCGUCGUCGCCGACCCUUACUACGACCCCAACCCCGCCUACAACUACGCCUACGACAUCAACGACCCCACCACCGGAGACUCCAAGUCCCAGCACGAAUCCAGACAAGGCGACGUAGUCCAAGGUAGCUACAGCCUCACCGAGCCCGACGGCAGCCGCAGAACCGUGGACUACACCGCCGACCCCGUCAACGGUUUCAACGCCGUAGUCCACAAGGACACCGUUAUCUUGGUUUUCAAACCUAUACUUUAGUUUGCUUUUGCUCAAAUCUGAUGUAAAUACUAAUUUUCAAAAUUAUGGUAUGUGGAAGGCCGUAUUGCUCAGAAGUGAUUUGUUACCAAGAAAAAAUUCAAUCUUUCUCGGGCAAUUCCUACCGUAUAGCCUCAGAAUUAAAGUUCUAACACGCACAUAUUUCUGCCAUAAAGUUGUAUUCACAGUCGAAAUUUUUCGUUUCAUUCUAUAUACUUUUAUUUAACUAGGUUUAUAAGAAUGUGAUUUUCGUUUGCUCACUAUCGUAAGAUUCCUAUUUGAUAUGAUUUUUAUGUUUGUCUUACUUUAAUUGAAUAUAUGUUGAGUGAACUUGUGAAGCUUGUUCACAAUUUGUGCUAUGCCCCUGGAAAUUAAUAUGAUUUUAUAAAUUAUUGAAAUUUCACCACUAA